UUGCAGCAAGACUGCAAGAGAUAGGCUUGGUCCUACCAGCAAGACUCGAUAAAGCGAGUGGGGUGCGGUACAUAUAUAUUCUUUUUAACAAAAUAUUCGAACCAGUUUUCACACAGCCUUCAAAAGUGUAACAUGUCACAAUAGUUUUUCGUUUUUUAUUAUUUUUUUAAAUCGAUAUAUUCGACGUCAAGAUGAGAGUGUGUUGUGCGAUAGCUUGUUUUAUUGCCGUGGUCGGCGUGAGUCAAAUAAACGCACAGCUACCGCCUAGGCCCAGCAUACCUGGCGCGGUCCUGGUACCGCAAUCCAGACAGAUCCAAUACCGUCAGGGACGUCUGCUGCAACAAGAACCCCAACCUCAGAUCUCCCAAAGGCCUAGGAGGCCCAACCAAACGGUCAGACCGGUGAUCGAGGAGAGCGAGGAACAGUCGAACUUCGACGACGAGGUCAACAAAUUGGGCCUGUCGGCCCUGCACACGGCCGUCAGGCAGGCCGAGGAGGAGGAACACGCCACCGCUAGACCGGCGCAAUCGAUUCAAUUCAGACCGGAAAGACCGCUUCCGUUAUUGAGGCAAGAUGUACGCGACAAUUAUCCGGCAGAAAGGCCUUCGCCCAGGCCAGUAGCUAGGCAGCAGGAAUACAGAGAACCCCAGCAAGCCAGAGUACCCCAGAGACAACCACAACAACAAAUUAGGCCACAGCAAAGGAUAGCCUCAAGACCUGUUGAAGAUGAAGAAACCAGACCACGUAAAUCAGUGAGUCAAAUUUUGCGCAAAUAUAGGACAGAUAACGCUGACGGAAGCAUAACUUGGGGAUUUGAAAACGACGAUGGUACAUUCAAGGAAGAGAACAUAGGUAUCGACUGUGUGAUUCGUGGAAAAUACGGUUACGUAGACCCAGACGGUGUUAAAAGAGAAUACAGUUACGAGUCUGGCAACCCAUGUGAUAAAGUUGAGGAAGAGGAGGAUCUCCCCCCACAGAUCCAGGGGAGGAAAGAGCAGAUUCCGAACCAAGGAAAAAAAAUUCAAUAUAGACCCAUAAGUCAGUAGAAUAUAAGAAAUUGCCAUAAUUUUUAAGACCCUCGAAUUAUUAAACCAUUGUUGAUAA